UACUCGCGCAAGCCAUUACACUUAAAAAAAAUUGACAAUGACAGUGACAUUGACAUUUAUUGCUUGCUUAUUUGUGCUGGAAGGUGUGCAUGGAAUUUUUAGGUUAACAAUCGACUUAUUAAAUAAAUUUUCAUAAAAAUGGGGAAAAUCAGAAAGCUGAGACCUUCUAAACACAAAAAGGGAGGAGCUGAUAGUUCGGAUGAAGAAGAGCAAGUUCCGAUAGAUUCGAAAGAGAACGCAAUUCAAACUAUCUUAGACCAGUUACAGGCGGCGAAUGUGGAAGAAAAAUAUUGCGGUUUACAAACGUUUGCAAUGUUGAUAGAGAAUCCAGAGAACGUCGAACAAGUUUUAAGUCAAGGCAUAGUGAAGAGCGUAGCUCCGUUGCUCUUGGAUCCUGCUGGUUCAGUCAGAAAUGCAGCUGCAGGGGCUCUAAGAAACUUGUCUACUACGAAAUUGGAGACCUGUGAAGCUUUGAUGGAACAGGAUGUGAUGACGCCGCUCGUUAUGUAUUUCCAUGAGCUUGCAGAAACUUGGACCCCAGAUCCUAAUUCUAAGUUCAAAGAUGAGGAUGCUGAAACUUUUGUUCAGAAUGUACAUUUGCUUUUGAAUUUAUGUGAGAGCUCAGAGCUGGCCAUCAAGUACCUUGGACAAUCAAGAAUAUUAGACAUCCUAUGUCGCUACUUGGCUAUAUCAGUUUUCAGCACAGAUAUAGUUACAGCAGUUUUGCAAUGUCUAUUUGUAGUAGUUGAAGAUAACCCAGUGGCUAUAGAAAAGAUAAAAACUAAUGCUAAAAGCCAAUUGCAAGACUUACUGACUUUGGAAGGAGAUAGUUAUUCUGUCUUGUUAAUAAAGACUUUAGCUGCAGGAGUAAUUGUAAACGCAUGUGGUGGAAAUUUAACAUCAUUGCCGGCAAAUGUUAUAGUUCAAGUCAUAUUGAUACUUGCUCAUACAUUGUCUGUGGAUCACAGACAAGCAUGUAAUCAGUUGUCGAGUAGUGUCCCAUUAGCAGAUGGAGCUGGCAAAGUGAUUGCACCUAAAGGAAAGGAAGCUCAAGUUUUAGAUACACAGCUGAAGUCAGUUUCACAACUGUUAGACGCUCAGCAGAGUUCUAUUGAGAUUAUUGCUAAUAUUUGUUCUUGUGAGGAUGAUGAAACUUCAGACAACAGUGGAGAAUCUUCUGACAGUGACGAGUUGGGUGAUGAAGAUCUUAGCAAUGGUGAAAUAACAAACCUAGCUGAAGACAGAAUCCCACCAGAAGUUAUGGAAGCAGUUAUAUCCUUAGAAGUAUUUGAUAAAAUCUGGGCUAAGACACAGUUGCCUGCUGAAAAUGUCAUGUUGAUACUGAAGGAGUAUGAAGGAUCUAAAUCCGUUUUUAAAAAACUUUACAAUCUACAAUCAGGAGCACUACUUUGCAUUAACAACAUGAUAUCAACUCUACCUAUAGAAAACCUAGGUGGAGUCAAUGGUGUGUAUAAGAUAUGGGUAGAUGCUGGAAAGUUAGUAUUCAAACAGAGUGCUGAAAACUUGACACUUUUGGAAUCUGCCACUGCAGUAAUGAGGGCUGCUCUUGACAAAAUAAAAUUCAGAGAAAAUGGGAAUUAUAGUAGACUUGACUUGUUUAAAGAGUUGGCUUUGUCUGAUAUCGAGAUGAUGUUGACAGGAAUCAGAGAAUGCGAAGUGCCCGAGAUAAGAUCAAACCUUAUUCGUAUGAUUGGCAUACUAGCCUUACUACUUGUGAACAAUUUAAACGAAGCCACUUCGAACGUGAUUUGUGCCAUAACCGAAUUUAUAUUAGAACAGGCACACAAAGAGAAUGAGGUGUGGGUAUUGGCGGAAGCUGUAGAUACACUAGUUGAUCUGUAUUCAGAAGAUGAAACUGAUGCUUUAGCAGCUAAGGUGAAGUUAGUUGACAAAUUGGCUGUUUUCGUGCCUAUUCUGAAGAAUAAGGCAAGGCAACAAAAAAGACUUCCAAAAGCCUACAAAGCUCUGGUUACCACUGCGUCAUCAAAUCUACCAAGAUUUAUCAAGUAUAAGAAAGGGAGAGUCAGUAAGUUGAAAUAGUACAACAUUGUUACGUCUGCGUACUUUAAGUACCUAUACAGGGUUGCUUGGUUUUACAAACAGAAUGUAAUUUGAUAGUAAAUUAAAACUUGUAUAACGUUUCUUAAAUUCUGUUCGCAAUUUUAGCAUCCCUUUAAAGGAUUGCAGUCAGCAACCCAAUUCAAUGUAAAUUAUAUAUCUAAAUAAUCAAUUUUACAUAUUCAUAUAGGAAUUUAAGUAUAAUGUUUAUUAAAGUUACCUGUUAUAG